AUGAACAAAGAUGAAUCUCCCAAUAGCGAGGCUACUCUAGGCCCUCAGCAGAUUAUGGAUACUUCAUCUGAGUCUAUCCCCAUCAGUCACAGCCCAUCUCUUCAUUCGGGCGAUUCAGAAGGAUUUGCUCCAAUCCACAGCGCCGGUUCAAACGACCCGAAUAAAUAUACUGGCGAGACCCAAUUAAAUGAUGAUCAACUCGCAAAAACUUUAUCUCGGCGUCGCAGUUAUGCAUCGGGCCAUGAAGGAGAGGAGUGGACGCAGAUAGAAAGGCUCAUCUCACGUAUGUUCGGUCAUGAGCGAAAGGCCAAUUCCGAGGAAGAGAAGACGCGGCAUGUUGGCGUUGUUUGGAAGAACCUUACCGUGAAAGGCUUAGGCCUGGGGGCAGCUCUUCAAUCUACAAAUGGUGAUAUCUUCCUUGGCCUGCCUAGGCUUAUCAAAAAACUCUUGACUCGUGGUCGAAAAGGAAUUGGAGCCGGGAAACCUGACCUUCGAACCAUUUUGAGCGACUUCACGGGUUGUGUUCGUCCAGGAGAAAUGCUCCUGGUAUUAGGUCGUCCUGGAUCGGGCUGUUCUACAUUUUUAAAGGUUGUGGGUAACCAGAGAUAUGGUUAUGAAAGCAUUGAUGGUGACGUCCGCUAUGGGGGGACCGAUUCAGUGACAAUGGCCAAGAAUUAUCGCUCCGAAGUAUCUUAUAAUCCUGAGGAUGAUCUUCACUACGCCACAUUGACCGUGAAAGAUACUCUGCUAUUUGCUCUGAAAACGAGAACUCCAGACAAGUCGUCCCGCGUGCCCGGUGAAACUCGGAAGGAUUAUCAACAGACAUUUUUAACUGCAAUUGCCAAGUUAUUCUGGAUCGAACAUGCCUUGGGAACAAGAGUUGGUAAUGAGCUUAUUCGGGGGAUAUCUGGAGGAGAGAAAAAAAGAGUCUCAAUUGGCGAGGCAAUGGUCACAAAAGCAAGCACGCAGUGCUGGGAUAACUCGACCAGAGGCCUUGAUGCAAGUACUGCUCUGGAAUAUGUCCAGAGCCUGAGAAGCUUGACAAAUACAGCCCAUGUGUCGACCCUGGUUGCUUUAUAUCAAGCAUCUGAAAAUUUGUUCAACCUUUUUGACAAGGUAAUUCUGAUCGAAGAUGGUAAAUGUGCAUUCUUUGGUCGCUCUGAAGAUGCCAAAGCCUAUUUUGAAAACCUGGGCUUCGAGUGCCCUCCACGAUGGACAACUCCCGAUUUUCUCACGUCUGUCAGCGAUCCAAAUGCGAGAAAGAUAAAACCAGGAUGGGAAAAUCGGAUUCCACGCACUGCGGAUGAAUUUCAAAAUGUAUAUCGACAAAGUGAGGUUUUUAAAGCAAAUCUUGCUGAUAUUGACGAUUUUGAGAAUGAGAUCAAGACUCAGGAGCAUGAGAAAGAAACGGCUAGAAAACAAAUGACCAAAAAAAACUACACAGUCUCAUUUUGGAAGCAAGUUAUGAUUCUUACACAUCGACAAUUCCUUGUUAUGUUCGGAGACAGAGCAGCCCUCACCGGGAAAUGGGGCGUUAUCAUUUUCCAAGCUCUAAUUGUGGGAAGUUUGUUCUUCGAUCUUCCCAACACGAGCUCUGGGGUUUUCACACGAGGCGGUGUGAUGUUUUUUAUACUUUUAUUCAACGCCUUACUUGCACUUGCAGAGCUCACAGCUGCCUUUGAGAGUCGGCCCAUUCUGAUGAAACACAAGAGCUUUUCUUUCUACCGUCCUGCGGCAUAUGCUCUGGCACAGGUUGUCGUUGAUGUACCUUUGGUGUUUAUCCAGGUUGUGUUAUUUGACCUUGUCGUAUACUUCAUGUCAAAUCUUGCAAGAACGGCUUCGCAAUUUUUCAUCAACCUCCUCUUUAUCUUCAUACUCACCAUGACAAUGUAUUCUUUUUUCCGCUCUCUUGGAGCAUUGUGUGCAUCAUUAGAUAUCGGUGAGUACAUGAUAAUCAACGAAAAUUACAUGCUUUUGGUCACUCAUUCGUUCAAAGCUACUCGUUUGACUGGGGUUGCGAUUCAAGCACUGAUUGUGUAUACUGGAUAUUUGAUACCUCCUUGGAAAAUGCACCCGUGGCUAAAAUGGCUGAUCUGGAUCAAUCCAGUUCAAUACGCAUUUGAAGCAUUGAUGGCUAAUGAAUUUUACAACCUUCAAAUACAAUGCGAACCGCCGUACAUUGUUCCCGAUGGCCCCACCACAUCUUCCUCGCAUCAAAGUUGUGCCAUCCAAGGGAGCAGCCCAGAUAGUUUAGUUGUCCAAGGCUCCGACUAUAUUGAAGCUGCAUUUACGUAUUCUCGAGCCCAUCUAUGGCGAAACUUUGGAAUCAUCAUUGGUUGGUUUCUUUUCUUCGUUUUUCUCACAGCGCUUGGAAUGGAAAUCCAGAAGCCCAAUAAAGGGGGAAGCUCUGUUACCAUUUUCAAGAGAGGAGAGGCACCAAAAGCAGUGGAAAAUGCAAUUGAACGUACUGGCCCUCCAUUGGAUGUGGAAUCUGCCGAGAAGGAGAAUUUCUCCAGCUUGACAGAUGACGGAGCUGAAAAAUCGGUGCAAGGCAUUGCCAAAAAUACGUCAAUUUUCACCUGGCAAAAUGUCAACUACACAAUUCCUUUCAAAGGUGGACAGCGGCAAUUACUACAGAAUGUUCAUGGCUAUGUCAAGCCUGGUCGACUUACAGCAUUGAUGGGUGCUUCUGGGGCAGGAAAAACGACGCUUCUCAAUGCUCUAGCUCAGCGAAUUAACUUUGGUGUUGUCACUGGUAGAUUUUUGGUUGAUGGAAAGCCACUUCCGAGGAGCUUCCAAAGGGCAACAGGAUUUGCGGAGCAAAUGGAUAUCCAUGAGCCUACAGCAACGGUCCGAGAAUCAUUAAGAUUCUCGGCUCUGUUACGGCAACCAAAGGAAGUCCCUGUACAGGAAAAAUACGAAUACUGUGAGAAGGUUCUUGACUUACUCGAAAUGCGGUCAAUCGCUGGUGCUACAGUUGGAUCUCAUGGCUCGGGUCUCAACCAAGAGCAGCGCAAAAGACUCACCAUUGCAGUCGAGCUGGCAAGCAAGCCAGAAUUACUUCUCUUUCUGGAUGAACCAACGUCUGGUCUUGACUCGCUGGCAGCGUUCAAUAUUGUUCGUUUUCUUCGAAGACUGGCAGAUGCGGGACAAGCAGUUCUUUGCACAAUCCACCAGCCGUCUGCCGUUCUUUUUGAGCAAUUCGAUGAACUGCUGCUCUUAAAGAGCGGCGGUCGCGUAGUUUACAAUGGCGCCUUAGGCCCAGACUCGAGAACACUAAUUGACUAUUUCCAGGGGAAUGGAGGUAAACAAUGCCCGCCAAAUGCAAAUCCAGCAGAGUACAUGCUGGAGGUAAUUGGUGCCGGCAACCCUGAUUAUAAGGGCCAAGACUGGGGAGAUGUGUGGGCCAAAUCACCAGAAUCCAAGCAGCUUUCUGAAGAGAUUGAGAGCAUCGUCGAUUCUCGUUCUGGGAUGCAGACAAACGAAUUAGUCAGAGACGAUCGUGAAUUUGCCAUGCCUCUUUAUAUUCAGAUUGUGGCAGUAACCAAGAGGGCGUUUGUGGCUUAUUGGAGACUUCCGGAUUACAUUUUAGGAAAAUUCAUGCUUCAUAUUUUCACAGGCCUUUUUAACACAUUUACAUUCUGGCACCUUGGAAACAGUCUCAUUGAUAUGCAAUCUAGACUAUUCUCUGUGUUCAUGACGCUCACUAUAUCUCCCCCGCUCAUUCAGCAAUUGCAGCCAAAGUAUCUUCAUUUUCGAGGCAUUUAUGAGUCGCGCGAAUCCAACUCGAAGAUUUAUUCCUGGCUUGCUUUCGUUGUAAGCACAAUCCUUCCAGAGCUUCCAUACUCGAUUGUUGCUGGCUCUGUUUACUUUAAUUGCUGGUACUGGGGGGUUUGGUUUCCUCGCGAUUCAUUUAGCUCGGGCUACACUUGGAUGUUGCUCAUGGUUUUCGAAUGCUACUACAUCGGAUUCGGACAAUUCAUUGCAGCUUUUGCGCCGAAUGAGCUCUUUGCCUCCUUACUUGUUCCAUCCUUCUUUACAUUCGUUGUUUCUUUCUGUGGUGUAGUGGUGCCCUAUGCGGCGUUACCUCACUUUUGGCAAUCUUGGAUGUACUGGCUCACACCAUUCCAUUAUCUACUCGAAGGGUUUCUCGGUGUUGUCACUCAUAAAGUCCCCGUUCGAUGUGUCGAACGAGAAGAGUCUCAUUUCAGCCCGCCGCCUGGUAUGACUUGCCAAGAAUAUGCCGGGUCAUACGUACAGCAGUCUGGUGGUUAUGUUCGAGAUGCCGACAACGGUCUCUGUGCAUUCUGUCAAUAUUCCACUGGUGAUCAAUUUGUGAGUACCGAGCGGCCCAGUUUCUUCACUACUUCUCGUGCAUAUCUGGAUGGUGACUCACACUCAAUGACUUGGAUACUGCCAGGCUGCCAGCUUCAAUUCCUUCUAUUCGCACAAAUGGAGAGAUUACUUGACCAUGUCCUCCAGGGUAUAUUUUGGGCUUUUGUCAUUUUCAAUUUCUUAGCUGUUUUCUUUUUCUCUUGGCUCUACCUCCAUGGAGUUCGUGGUUUCAAGCGUUGGCUCAGUGAGCGCAAGACAAGAAAGACUCAACGAGCUACAGCUUAA